AUGCAGUCGCUGCCCAAGAAAUUGAAACUUUCGCCGCCGACCGAGUCGGUUGUCCUGGUUGACUUGCAGGAGAACGACAUCAGACUGGUUCAUUCCUUGAUGGCCUGCGCGGAGGCCGUACAGCAAGAGAAUUUCAAAUUAGCUGAAGCUCUUGUGAAAAAUAUCGGAUUUUUAGUUGUAUUGCAGCCAGGGGCGAUGCGAAAAGUGGCUACCUAUUUCGCUGAAGCCCUGGCCAGGAUAAUUUAUAGAUUGUAUCCCAUAAAUCAGCUCGACUUUGCCUUCACCGAUUUGUUGCAAAUGCACUUCUACGAGACCUGCCCCUAUCUCAAAUUCGCACAUUUCACUGCAAAUCAAGCAAUUCUGGAAGCAUUUGCCGGUAAAGAUCGAGUCCAUGGGAUUGAAAAUUAA